AUGAAGUCCACACUCAUCCUCUCGGCCCUCGUGGCCCUGGGCUUCUCCAACCCCAUCCCCGUCUCUUCCCCAUCCCAAGAGACCUCCACCACCACCGCCCUCCUCCUCUCCUCCCGGCAGACCGCCGCCCUCAACGCCGAGACCGACCGUCUCCUCUUCACGGCCUCGAUCGGCAGCUUCAUCGCCUCGCGCGACGCGCGCAACCCGGCCACCCUGGACUGGUCGUCCGACGGGUGCUCCAGCUCCCCGGACAACCCGCUCGGCUUCGACUUUCUGUCGUCAUGCUACCGGCACGACUUUGGCUACCGCAACUACAAGGCGCAGGGCCGCUUCGACGACGCCGGCAAGCUCCGCAUCGACAACAACUUCCGCGAGGACCUGUACGACCAGUGCGAGCGUGAGUCGGCGCGCGACUCGUGCCGGUUCACCGCCGACGUGUACUACCAGGCCGUGCGGUGGUUCGGGAGCCGCCAGGCCACGAUUGUGGAGGAGGGCAAUGAGCUGGUGCUGCUGGUUGAUGGGACUGAGGUGGAGAGGGUUUCGGUGCGGUGA